AUGAGCGUCGCGCCGGCGCGUAGAUUCCAUGAGGAAGGCCUUGGAUCACGAACGGGUCUCCGAAUAGGAAACAUUCGGCGCGAUGAUCGUGGGAAUGAAGACUUGGACGCGUUCUUUGCUGAAUCGAAGCGUGUGUUGGAAUGGAUGGAAGCGUCCGAUGAUGAAGCGGCGAGCGAGUCUGCACCCAGCACAGCGGACCAAAUAGAUCAGAUACCUGAACCGGAUGACAAUGGAUGGGAUCGGCGCAUUUCUCGUGUGUCGGAGUGGGCUGCGCGCAGCCUGAGUAGCGUGCCUCGAGCCUCGCCCGUAUCUAUGCUCACCAUACAAGGCGAUACAAAUAACUCCCACGCUCUUACGCCCUCGCAGGAGUAUACACAACGUAUUCAACCUAGAAGUUCUAUGGCUCCGCGUGCAGAAGAGACCAUGUGGGAGUCUACAGUUGACAUUUCACGCUCCGAUCGCACGUUUCGACUGAGUGCAUUCGCUGGUGAUGCAAGUACGUUCACAUCUUCGUCUAGUACACCAGCAAGCACUCAUGGUAGCGCAUGGUCGCAUCAGAGUAGCUUUGAACGCGAGCUUCAUUUACAGCGCACCUCGCAGCCACCGGCCCCUCUCGCGUCACAAGCUCUCACACGAACACAAGAAUCACCACACAUACAGCCUGUUACAUGGCACAAUGAUGUGACCCUACCAAGUGCAAGCACGCCUCUAGUCAGUUCUCUGCCAGCACGCUAUAGCAUGUCUCGUGGAUCAAGCACGGCUGCAGAUAUGUCACGCAUUCCUGACACGGAUAUGCCCUCAUUCCUACGCCCAGACGCAUCUAUCCUGUCUGGACAAUCCCAGCGUCGACGGCCAUCGCAUCUGCUUCCAUCGUCGUCGUCAUCCGUGCCUCUGUCACCAGCAUCAUCACAUCACGCUGAUGCUGCGCAUCCUUCGUCUUGGGACGUUGCUUCGCAGGUGUCGGCCUCAAUACCCGAGCUUGAUGCUAUGCACGAUGUGCCGGACGACUUUGGAACCAAACAGGAUGCGGGUCAGGAAUUUGCCCAAAACUAUUUCGAUUUAGGUUACGGCACUGUUGGAACGGAUCUAGAUGCGCAACUCAGUUCGAACCUUGACGCACCACUCAACACGCUAGAGCCCGUUGACAAUAUUCCAAACGGUGGCAUCAUCGAUGAUGUCGUAGAACGUGGUGUUGAUCGAAAUGACAAUGUGCCUGUGCAGCCCAUACUGCCCAAGAAGCGUGGCCGUGGACGUCCACGGAAAGACGAGUCCAUGCCGCCACCGCGAGGAAGACCGGGGCGACCACCUGGUCGGCAGAAACCAGCGCAGAAAAUCGUUGAACGGAUCUACGACCCACCGUCUUGGCAGCUUGAGAAUCCUGAUGGCUUACGGCGCGGAAAGCGCCAUCGGAUUGCACCACUGGAUUGGUGGCGUGGCGAGCGUGCGUUGUAUGGAAAGCCUGACGAGCCGGCGGAGCAGGAGGAGGGGCCAGAAGGUCUGGUUGCACCUGUGCUAAAAAAGGUGAUCCGUGUGCCGCGAGCACCCGGUGAAGGCACGUUCUCAGGCAUGCGCCGCUUUCGUGCCAAACCUGCAGGGUAUGCUCACCCUGGACGGCCAGUGGGAUCGAAGAACUUUGUACCGCGGCUUACACCUGUGGAUGAGAGCGAAAAUGAGACAGGCGUGGACGAUGAAGACACGCGUUUGAUCGUUCGGAAUCCAGAAGACGGAUGGGAUGAUAAUACAGAUCCGUAUGGACGAGUCGUUGAUGCUGAUUUGAAUGCCGAGGUAACGAUGCGGAUUGCAUGCACAGCAGCCGGGAUUCGGCCACGACCUGCCUUUAAUCAACAGUUCUCGUACGAAAAGAUUUUCGGCAUCAGCGAUUUUAUGGCUGCAGGUGUGUUGGUGAUACCUCGUGGGGGGAGAAAAACCUACCAAGCCGAGCAAGGAUAA